UCCACUGUCCUCUUGAAGUGUUCAGGAUGAGUGCUGGGCGAGCGUCGGAAGGCGCGGGCAGCAUCUCCUGGUGGGGCUUCAGUCCUGCGCGUGACCUGCUCAGAAUGGGUCCUGUGAACCGUGACAGAGACGCUAAUGUCUUGCUGGUUGGCAGUGGAGAUCCACGACAUAUUCUGAAGACCAUUGCUGGUUUGCAGGAAAAGCAAAGUCUUCAUGUGUGGGUGGUAGAAAACAGCAUGGAAGUGGUGGCUCGACAGCUGCUACUCCUCUACCUUGCACUAAUGCCUCAGGAAAACAUGGGAAUCAAUGAGAAGACAGAGAUUUUCCUGGAGGUGUUUGGGAACGGUGAAAUCCGCAGCCAGACGGAGGAGACAGUGCGACGUGCGGCCUGUCAGCUCUCCCGGUCUGUCACUGAGGCCGUGGAGACAGCCGCACACGACUGUCUGAACACCAGUCUCCUCAAGUUUAAGGAGCGGGAUGAACUGGACCAAAUAUUCAAGUUGUGGACCCAGUCGGUGUCUUCAUCAUCUUCAUCCUCUUCAUGUGAGCAUCGUGCUCCCUUCUCGAUGUCCAGAGCCUGGGAUUAUCGUGUCAGACAGCAUCUGGGAACGCGCUAUGACUCCAGAAAAGGCUGCUUUGACUGGGACCUUACCAUGAAGCUGCAUGGCAAAGGGUGCGGCGUCAUCAGCAAACAGCAGUAUGUACGAUGGCGAGAGCGGGGGCUGGCGUUCGAGAUGAGGGAAGGCGUUUACCAAACCGCCAACGCAAGUUUGCUCUCCUCAAAAGUUUUUAGUCAGAGAGGGAGGAAAGUGUCUGUCAGGGGCUACUGGGGAGACAUCGUUUCCAGCCCUUACCUCUCCUUCGGCAUUGAAACCGAUGACCAGAGUCUGCUGAAGACACACAAUGGGCAACACAUCAAGACAGCCCAGGAUAUCUCCGUUGCAAAUGUGCAGGAAUUGUUCCAGUGCCUGUCCAGCAGACGGGGCUGCCCCACUGCAUCUCAGCCUCACACAGAAUCAGAGGAUCCAACGACACCAGCUCGACUCAACGCCACUUUUCACGACUUGAUGCAGCUGAACGGCGUCUCAGUGACCUUCCUGCCUUCAGACUCGCUGCAAAAACUGCCCCAAAAACCCAAAUACUCCCACUUCUUCAACACCAUUUACUUCUCAGUGGGCUGUGCGCACCAGUUGGGCCCGGAGACGAGACAGAUUGCAGCACCAGACGCCGUGCUCGUGGUGGAGCUGGCCAAGUACAUACUGGAUCUGAACAAAGAGCAAGAAGACGGCUUUGCAGAGACAGUGAGGCGCAUGGCAUCGGAGGCUGCGUUUGAGCCGUGGCACGAGGAAAACAGGGAGGAUGCUCAUGCUGUUUUCAUACAGCAGGAGAAGUAACCAUGGUUCAGUUAAACAGAGUUGUUUACUGCUCUCCUGCUGCCAGCAGUUAAAUCCUUACAGACAUUUUUACAAGUUAUGUAGACUUUGU